GUUCAGGAGUUAUGUCCCUUUGAUUUAGGAAAACCCACAAUUAAUUUACUCUUUUCGACCUUGCUAAGUUGACAACGUUCGAUGUGAAACCGAAAUUAAUUUGAUAACCAAUCACAAUGGCAACAAUAGUUCCCUGACGAUACAGCCUCAACAUUGACAAGGAAGAAGAUAGACAUUCGGGUAGUGUAAAAUUGGAAAGGCCUAACACGAAAGUCUUUACCAGGAAGUUAAAUAAACAGAGAAGGAAGAAGAGUAAAGCAGACAUGUCGAUUUGCACAGAAAACAAUAUCUUCGGCUUCUUCUUCAUUGUUAACGGAGCCAUUAAUUCUCUAUCCCAAGGAUGGGCUGAGCACACCAACACCACAGCCUUCACUCAGCAUAAACAACAUGCAUUUGCACAUCCAUUCUUCCUGCAAUGUGGCAAGUUCUUUGGUGAACUGUUCUGCCUUCUCCUCUAUGGUAUCGUCUUCGGUCGAUGUGGAAGUUCCAACAACAUCCCCCUCACCUUACCUCAAGACUCUGCACAGAACAGACCUACGCCUGGGGAACGACCAACAACGGCGCCGAUCCGAACCCCAGCAAACUUUAUCCAGCUGCAAGAACAGGAACCAUCAACAUGGAACAAGUUCAUCUUCAUUCCCUGUGCGCUGUGUGACCUGGCCAAGACUGGGAUGUUGUAUGUUGGGUUGAAACUCACAUACUCCAGCAGCUACAUUAUGUUGAGAGGGUCUGUACUGUUCUUCACGUCGCUGUUGUCCGUGGCGUUCCUGGCCAGGAACCUUCAGACCCAGAUGUGGGUGGGAAUAGGCGUGUCCAUCGUAGGCAUGGCAGUCAUCGGGAUCCGGGAUUAUAUAUUUCCUCCAAGUUCCAAGUAUGAUGCUUAUGGAAUUGCUGCAGGGGAUCUGCUGAUUGUGAUGGCCCAGAUCAUGACAGCAACCAAGGUUGUCUUGGAGCAGAAGUUUGUCACCAAACACAACAUUCAUCCUCUGCUGGCAGUGGGACUGGAAGGGUUGUUCGGGUUCAUCAUCACGGUCAUCCUGUUGAUCCCCUUCUACUUCAUCAAGACUGGAGCCUUCAGCGUCCUUCCUGAAAACCGACUGGAAGAUCCCCAAGAUGCUUUCAUGCAGAUCAAGAGCACCUGGCAAAUUGCCCUGGCCUUCAUUGGAUGUGUCGUGAGUGUUGCCUUCUACUACUACUUUGGUAUCGACUUUGCCAAGAAACAUGGUGCCAUAGCCAGAAUGGUGCUGGAUGGCUUUGCAUCGAUGAUAUCUUGGGCAGUGUUUCUGGGAAUUGGCUGGCAGAAGUGGCACCCGCUGCAGAUACUGGGAUUCAUCCUGGUUGUGGUCGGAAUCUUACUGUACAGUGACUUAGUCUUCAUGCCCAUGUUCAACAUGCUGCGCCGGAGAUAUUUCCCCAUCUAUAUCCGGGACACCAGUUUCCCUGUCCCCAGACCUGAAGACUUGCGACCCUUGCUGCUGGAUGAGAGUCCAGGUGUGACUGGAAGUGUAGCACCAGGAGGUCCACGUCUUUACAAUGCAGCGUUCUAAUCUACUCAUCCUCAUCAUCAUGAUCAUCAUCAGUUAUAGUGUUCAGGAGGGACGAGAAGGGCCUGGAGGACCACCACGACACAGUCCAAACUUACCUUGCUAGUGACCUGUCAACACAAACUGUCAAAUUGUUGGACACCUGACAUAUUGUUGGACACCUGGACAAUCGUUCGACACCUGUCAAAUCAUUGGACACCUUGGACUGUCAAAUUGUUGGACACCUGGACAAUUGUUGGACCCCUGUCAAAUCAGUGGACACCUUGAACUGUCAAAUUGUUGGACACCUGUCAAAUCAUUGGACACCUGUCAAAUCAUUGGACACCUUGAACUGUCAAAUUGUUGGACACCUGUUAAAUCAUAUUGUCACUUGUCAAAUUGUUAGAGACCUGUCAUAUUGUUAGACACGUGUCCAAUUAUCAGACGUCUGUAAAAUUGUUCGACACCUGUUAAAUGAUUGGACACAUGUCAAAUUGUUCGACACCUGACAGUUAUUGUUGCUAUAUACCUUUUUCAUUUUGUGGUACAUAGCCAAGUAAAAUAUGAACCUAUGUUUAAUAAAAAAAAAGUGGUGAAAAAAUAUUCGGCUGAACAAAAUACAUGUUGAGGUCUCUUUCAUUGCUUUAUACUGAGAGAAGAUAGUGCCAUUGGAAUAACUACUGAUAAAUAUUACUUUCCCUUAACAUUUAACCUAAAAUAGGUGGGGAUUUUGGUCCGGCAGGUGUUGAGAAACAGACAAUACAAAUUGGCUGACCUUGAAAUGUGUGUGAGAGAAGAGAAGGGUAAAAUCACUGACAUUGUUCCUCUGCCCUUCAGAGUCAAUGACGUGGAUGAAAGCUAAGUCUUCAUUCCUUUAUAUGCAUCACAAAGCAAUUUGUCAUGAAUUUAUGGACAAUUGCGAUGAGUGUCGCUUUUUAUGAACAUAUUGUAUUAUCACCGAUUCACAGUGAUCCAUUCAUAAUUUUCACCACUAUUUUGCCUUUUUACAAUCAAUGGAAUCUCUUUUGACAGAUAAUCAAGACUGAUCAUUCUCUGGUGUUUACAUGUUAUGUUUUAUUAUGUUUUAUUUCAGAAUGAGGAUGACAAUCAUUGUCGCAAUGUUAAUCAUCAAGUUGUGAUGUCAGAAUCUCACUGGCAGAAGCUAGCAUCAGUGAGCUCUGUCUCCAGCAGUUGGGAACAUAAUCUCAUUAAUUCAUAUACGAUAUCAGCUUCUUUAUAUUUUUACUUGCUAUGGGUGUUACGAUACGCCUACCUCAUGUAUCGAUACAUAUUCCAGUGCUUGCGUCAUGAUACAUAUUGCAAAGCAUCUUUACUGUUCAUGCAAGAAGGUCUCCACAUUCCACACAGUCCAGCUGCCAAGAGGUUGCUGUAAACCUAUUCGUGUUUCACUUGUAUGGUUAAUUCUCCUGGCCAGUUCUUCCCUGUGAACAUAUUUGAUAAUUUCAUAAAGAUUUCUUAAACCUGUGGGGGCACGGGUGGCCCAGUCACGAUUCGCUGUGCAGAGUUGCGUCCCUUUGGCACGCCAGAAACUUAUGGUAGUGGAUUCGAAUCCCGGUUCGCCCCGAUUAUGUUUCUAGGUUUGUCAUCACCAAACCCGUGCUUUCACCAAAGUGGUAAAUGUCUGAGACCUGCAUCACUUCGAGCUUUCCUCCAACAUAAAGCUGACACACCACAAUAUAACUGGAAUACUGUUAAAAGCGGCGUUAAAACACAACUCACUCACAACUGUUCCCUGUGGACAAAAUAGCCCAGGCGGAACCUUUCCUAGGAAAGAAUAUCCUGGGCCAGUUUUUCCCCACCCCUGGCCGGUACUGCCUAAACCAAAGAAUUAGGUGUUCUUUAACUUCUUUUGAGUAAUAUAUUAUGUUUUAGGGGUUAAGGUAAUGCAAGAAUGAUAAGUUAAAUAUUUUUCUUUUUAAAAAUUGAUGUGCAUAAAAUAUGAAUUAAUACAUGGGUAGGUGUAUCAUGUAUUGUACAGUCAUAUUGUGAUGCUCCGAUAAAUCAGUGAAUUGUGACAAUUGUGCGACUUGCUCGAUGCUGUGUACGAUUCUCGCACAGUAUGAAGUGUUGCUCUAGGAAGACAUGAUCCCCUGUUUUGUUACCAUCUGUUGUUGUUGCUGUAUGAAUUUUAUUAUAUUUUUCAACUCUGUAAUACAUUUUAGUAUGAGAUAUGAGUAUGAUACUGCAACAAAGAUAUAUGUUAUUUUUUCUAAAUUGUAUAUAUAUACAGUUGUUUCUCUUUCUUAUAAACAUGCCACCUCCAUGGUUGAACAGACAGAGCAUCUGCCUGGAGAGUCAGAUGUUGGUGGUUCGAUCCAGUGGCUGUAUUAAGAGGAUAAGAAUAUUCAAGUAGCUUCUCACGAUAAAUGGAAAUUACGGUGAAGGGAGACACAUCAAACAAAAUUCAGCAUUUCAGUGGGAAAUAAAUAUGCUUUUUUAUUAAAAGCUGUCAGUGAUGGGCAAUGAAACUGUCAGGUAAAUACAAUGUAUCACAAAUUAAUAGAAAAAUCCAGUAACACAUAUCUAGUCAAUUAAUUGAACCGCCAAGCUAAGAAAUCAAAAGCCAGUUAAUUGGGAGAAGUGCUUUGUCGCCAUGUGGAAGCGUUUUAAGUUAUUACGCGGCAUGGUAAUUUAACAGUAGCAGUAGGAAUUGUUUGAUAGGCAUAACUUAGAAGUUGACGGAUGACAAAGUAGACACAAUUUAUGGAUGACAACUUCUUUAAUACUGUAAAGGCGACGUUUCAGUAUCGAUCCUUAUAACGUAGUAUCAAUAGGAUCUUUAAUUGUUGCUUCAUUUACAAAUCUUUGUACAUCAUUCUGAUUGUUGAUUGUGUGCUUCGUCACUGUUUAUGUAAUUUUGCAUUUAUAUGAUUGAGGAAACAGAGAGGACAUAUGUACCGGUACAUGUUAGAAUGCAUUUACUUAAGAAUUUAAAACAUUUUAAAUGUUUUCUUGGGAAAUAAAUCAUACAUUCAUGAGAUGAUUUUUUUAUAUGUUAUAUUUAUAAAUCUAUAAAUUUAUUUUUUUAUUUCAUUGAAGUUUGGAAUUGAUUCUGCAUCUAUAGCUUUGUGUGUGUGUGUAUGUUGUAUGCUGAAAAAUUGUUAUCUAUGUACAUACAUAUAUAUUAUAUGUAUAUGUUUGUUUCAUUUUCUAUUUUGCCAUGGUUAAUAUUUUUCAUGUCAGUAUGUGUGUUUCAUUUGCUUCUCUUUAUAUCUGCUAUUCGAUCACUUGAAAUAUUAACACAUAUAUUAAUUAUGCAAGAUAAUUAUGAACAAUAAAAGAUGACAUAAUUUUA